UAACGAGAAAGGUUGGUCCCGUACGGUAGUGGGGCCCACGGUGAAAACCCCUGCACCUGCUGCUGCGCCUAAUGCCAAUGCCAUUUUGUGUUGCUUAGUCUCCUUUCUUCCCCCUCAUCCAAGGACACUUCCUCUCCCACCACCAAACAACAAUUCCGUGACAUAACAACUUCAACAUUAUAAAUUAAUUUAUUAAUUAAUUAUCUUCAAAAUCUGCAAAAAAAUUAAAAUUAAAAAAAAAUCCCAACCUCCUUCAUCCUCUCUUUCUAUAUAUUCAUUCACCAUUCUCUCUUCCAUCCCAUAUUCUCUCAUGCCAACACAAUUCAUCUAGGGGGUGAUCAUUUGGCCAUUCACUGAUAUUUAAACACUUGUUGUAUGCUCAAUGAGCGCAAACCUCAAAAGAUAUUGAGUACUAUGGGAAUUCCCAUACGAAGUGGAAAUACAAGAAAACAAAAUGAAACAAUGAGGCUCGCCAUAGCAGCAUUUGCUGGAAUUAUUGCUGGCUUCUUUGUGGGAGUAUCAUUUCCAACACUAUCGUUGAUUAGGAUGAAUCUUCCAUCCAGCCUUUUACCAUCCAUUGAUCUCACUUAUGUUGAUGAAAAUUACUCGAAAAUUUCAACCAGGUCUUUAUGGAAUUCCUGGUCUUCAAUUAGGAGUGAUAGAAGCACGUACAAUGAGCCUCACAAUUUAAAUGAGACAAAGAUUUGGGUUUCUACAAAUCCUCGAGGAGCUGAGAUGCUUCCCCCAAGAAUUGUCGAAUCUCAAUCAGAUUUCUAUCUUCACCGGUUAUGGGGCAUGCCCCAUCAGGACCUAAGUAUCAAACCGAAGUAUCUUGUAACAUUUACCGUUGGGUUAGAUAUGAAAGACAAUAUUGAUGCUGCAAUAAAAAAGUUCUCUGAAAACUUUACCAUUGUGUUGUUUCACUACGAUGGACGGGCUAGUGAUUGGGAUAAGUUUGAAUGGUCAAAACGAGCAAUUCAUAUCAGUGCCAGGAAACAAACUAAAUGGUGGUUCGCCAAACGCUUUCUGCACCCUGACAUUGUGGCUCCUUAUGACUACAUCUUCAUUUGGGAUGAGGAUCUGGGUGUGGAGCAUUUUGAUGCAGAAGAAUACUUAAAAUUGGUGAGGAAACAUGGUUUGGAGAUCUCACAGCCUGGUAUAGACCCAAGUAGUAGUUUUACUUGGCAGAUGACAAAGAAAAGAGAUGGUCUUGAAGUCCAUAAGAAAGCUGAGGAAAGAAGUGGUUGGUGUCCUGAUCCACAUUUGCCACCAUGUGCUGCAUUUGUAGAGAUCAUGGCCCCUGUAUUUACCAGAGAUGCAUGGCGUUGUGUGUGGCAUAUGAUACAGAACGACCUAGUUCAUGGAUGGGGUCUUGAUUUCGUUCUCAGAAGAUGUGUGGAGCCUGCUCACGAGAAAAUAGGAGUGGUUGACACUCAGUGGAUUGUCCACCAAAGUGUUCCAACACUUGGCAACCAGGGGCAAGCAGAGAGGGGAAGGGCACCGUGGGAAGGGGUGAGAGAAAGGUGUAACAAAGAAUGGACAAUGUUCCAAGAGCGUAUGGCUGAUGCAGAGAGGGACUACUUUCAAGCAAGGGGGAAUUAUUCCCCUUAACUCCACAGAGUGUUGAUUAAAAAAGAUAAAAAAAAAUAAUAAAAAAUAAAAAUAAAAAAAAAACUUAGAAUUACCCGUACAUGUAGCUUGAGCAGUAAUAGCUAGAUUAUUGUUUCAACAUUUUUGGAUUUGAUCAUAUUUACAUUGAAAAUUAUUUUUCCUUUGCUUUUA